AGGCUGUCACGGCUGCCUUGUGCGCCCAAUCUCCUUGCCUACCAUGUCUUUCAACGUCGUCAUCCUCAUCCCCUUUCUAUUGCAAUCUGUCUCGGCGCAGUAACCGAGAUCUCCAAUUACCUGAACAUCUCGUCAUAUUAGCUCCAGUAUUCAUCAACCCACCCGUCAGAGCUGGCGUGACGAAGCAGAUCACUAGCAACACCCCUGCACGGAUGACCGCCAUUCAUUCGCAGACUUCACAAAAGAGUUGCGUUGCCCUUGUUGCGGGUGCCUUUGAGUCCAGCACAUCCUCAGGCCAACUCCCUAAUAGCUCCAUAAUGAAUCGCAGUGCUACUACUACCCGGACACGGCCUCCACUGUCGAGCAAUAAUACUACACCUACGUCGACGCGCAGCUCAAGUCUAUCGUCGCUCAGCCACCCUGAUCUGUCGUCAGCCAGCAGUGAUGCUUCCGCCGGCGAUCUCAAGCGGUUAUCGACCAAAUCGAAUCUGAAGUCCUCGAGAUCAGUAGGAGCAGAUCUCAACCGCAGAUCGGCACCGCCAACUGUUCGAUUCCUGGACCCAGAACCGAUGCCACGAAGGAGUACAGAGCCUGUACCGGCGAUCCUGAAGUCACAAACCCCUGAGCGUCUAGUCCGGCCAGGCUACUCCAGAGGCAUGUCCACUCCUGACCUUGGACCACAUCAGUAUAGAGAGAAGAAGAUUGUGAUCCCCACCUUGACACGUCCUCCGCUACUUUCGCAAGCUUCCAAAAGGUCGAGCGCUGCUAGUUCACCCGGGGGCACCGCAAGCUCACCACGCACGUUGUCAUCAGCACAAUCUCCUCGGGGCCGCUUCCAGCAUUCCUCGGGGUCUGUAAAUCAACUCCGUCAACGCGUUGACAAGCGCUUCUCCGCGCCUGUAGUGCCAUCCCAGAUCGAUCCUCGUCUUGAUCCACGAUGGUCCGGCAUACCUCUCCCGGCAGGCUUCGUACCACCAAGCCGAACCCCAACUCCAACACAACGAGUCACAUCUUAUCACUCUAUCGCAUCAAACCUGUCCUCGUCACCAGCGCCUUCGGUGAACACGGCCCCUCCCUCGGGCAAGUAUGAUCCGCUCCAGAAUUACAUACCCUGUAUGGCAGCCAUGUGCACCGCGCAUUACACACCGGUGCAUUCUGGCCCAACAUACUACGCAGCACAGGAACCCUACCGCCUGUCCAAGCACCAUGGAUACUGCCCGCGCCAUGCCAGCAAAGAGAUGCAAGAAGCUAACGCACUCUGUAAGAGGGAAUACGAGACCAUGCGCCAGAACGCUGGUCGCAAGACACUCGGUGCUGUCGCACAAGACUUUGAAAUCUUCCUCCAGCUAUACCGAGAGGCUCGACAGACCGAGGAUGCGCGCCUGCAGGAGGCGCAGAGCCAAGCAGUACUCGGCCUAUCCCCGACAGCCACAAUAAAACAGAAAGCGCCACAAAACAAUGCUUCUGACUGGCGCUACACACCCCGCAACUGCACCAAGAAGCGCUGCGCAUCAAUGCCGUACUCACCAUACUCCACACAGCACUUUUCGUUCUACAACUCGGCCAAUCCCUCGACGCAGCUGCUUCCGCUCACCACGUUGUGUCCGAGUUGCUCCAAGGCGGAAUCCGAGGGCUUCGGAGCUAAGUUGAUGGAGAAGUGGAGCAGCAGAUGCGGAUGGGACGGCGAGGAGUGGGACGGGUGGUACCAGACCGCACUCCACCAUCGCAAGGGGGAGCAAGAGUUCUGGGAGAAGGCGCAGGAGCGAGUCGUCAGGGAGAGGCGUGCUAAGAAAGCCACUAGCGAGGCGGCCGAGAAGGCGGAGGAGAAGCAGGAGAGCACUGAGGAACAGAGUGUUGCUGGUGCGACACCGACCAAAGAGAAGAGGAAAAGUAUUUUCAAGAGGAUGUUCAGGCGCAGCGAGACGACGGGGGCUGUUGCUGUUGCUGUUGCUGCUGCGUAAAAUUUGGAUGGAAUACUUAAUUUGGCUACGGCGAGUGAAGCUGUGGUUUGCAAGAUACACUUUCG